AGAGACAGAGAGCGAGGAGAGAGAAAAGGAGAGAGAGGGAGGCCAUAUAUGAUGGAAAUGAAAUGAUGAACAUGGUUAGGGAAGGUCAUCAUCAGCCCUAUCUGAUCGUCUAUUUCUGAGGAGAUAUAUUUGAUCUUUCUUCCUAGGUUGGGCUUUCAUGGCUUACCAUGUUGGCUUAUUAGGAGAAGUCUUCUGAGAAAAAGGAGGCCACUCUUCUUCUCUUCCUCCUCCUCCUAGCUCCUUCAUCAUCCAAACCACCACCACCCACCACCUUCCACCUACUCUAUUUUCCUGAACAAUCAACAUAUGCAUAUACUGCACUUUGGGAUCUUGUUGGAAUUGUAAUUGCAGAAAAAAGAGUAUCUUACAGUCAAAGAAAAGCAGUAGAGAGAUAGAGAGAGAGCAAGAAAGAAGAAGACAGUAACUUUCAUGGCUGGACAACUGAGUGAAGCUAAACCAAGGAACAUGGUCUCUUCUUCAGUUGGGUUCUGCUACUCUGAUGUAUCCAGCAACCCAACCAUUCAUCAAACCCAGUUCACCAAUCAGAUCCAAGACUUUGGCUCCAACCCAGAGAUCUUCAACUUGACCACAGGGAUGGAGAUGAUAGGUUUCCUAAAGCAGAAUGAAAGUAACAACAACUCAGCUAUGUGGAAAGCUGGCUUCUUUGGCAAACCAGGGAACCACCAAGCAGGCCCAUCUUCUUCAAAGACAAUCAAUGAGUCAACAAGUUCUGAUUUUUAUCAUCACCAGCAUGAGUUUAACAACAAGCAACCUGAUUUCUCAACUGGGAUUUCAGAAACAAGUAGUGAUCAUCAUCAGAAUCUAAUGGUAGGACCUCAACAUCAAGACUCCUCUGGGGCUUGGCAAGAGAAUAGGUUCCUUGUUGAUGAUUCUUCUCUGAGGUGUGUGUUUCCGUGUGAAGGAAAUGAGAGGCCAAGCCAAGGCCUUUCACUCUCUCUUAGCUCAAACAAUCCUUCUAGUAUUGGGUUGCAGUCCUUUGAACUGAGGCAGACCAAUCAGCAUCAACCACAUCAGCAAGACCAACAAGACGAUGAUGAUGAAGAAAAUGUUGAUCACAUGAGGUUUAUUUCUUCUGCUUCAAGAGAUAGUGUUGGGCUCUUUGGAAAACCAUCAGCAAAUAUGCAGCAGCAGAUGAAUAUGAUGCAAGAUGGGUUUUUGGGAAAAGCUACUGCUUCUUCAAGUCUUCAUCCUGAAGGGCUGUUCCAUCUCAGAAACUCAAAGUACUUGGCUCCUGCUCAGCAACUUCUCAAUGAGUUUUGUAGCCUUGGAACCAAGCCAAGCACUGAUCACCUCCAUCCAUCAAUGCAAAAGCCCCACAAAAACAAGCUGUGGGAACAAGAAGACAAUGGCACUACUAGUUCUUCAAGAAACAAACAAUCCAAUAUUUACUCCCUUGAAUUUGUGGAGUUGCAGAAGAGAAAAACCAGACUGCUUUCAAUGCUAGAAGAGGUGGAGAGAAGAUACAAGCACUACUGUGAUCAAAUGAAGGCAGUGGUCUCGUCCUUUGAAACUGUGGCUGGUGCUGGGGCUGCCACAGUGUACUCAGCCUUGGCUGCAAAGGCCAUGUCACGACAUUUCAGGAGCUUGAAAGAUGGGAUUGUGAGUCAGAUUCAGGUCACAAGAAAAGCCAUGGGAGAGAAGGAUCCAGUGGCUCCAGGCACAACAAAAGGUGAAACACCAAGGCUUAGGAUUCUUGAUCAAACACUUAGACAGCAGAGAGCUUUCCAGCAGAUGAACAUGAUGGAGAGUCAUCCAUGGAGACCUCAACGUGGCCUUCCUGAGAGAUCAGUCUCUGUUCUUCGAGCUUGGCUCUUUGAACACUUUCUUCACCCGUACCCUAGCGAUGUUGAUAAACAUAUCUUAGCCCGCCAAACGGGUCUCUCAAGAAGCCAGGUCUCCAAUUGGUUCAUUAAUGCAAGAGUGAGGCUAUGGAAGCCCAUGGUUGAAGAAAUGUACUUGGAAGAAACAAAAGAGCGUGAAAACAACAUGAACAACUUGACCUCCUCAGAUGGGAUCACAAAAGACCCCGGGGACAGCAGCCGAUCGGGUCAAAACAUCCGUCCCGAGGAUCAAAAACCCACGCCCGACCAGCUCGUCCGAAUAGACUCCGAGUGCCUCUCCUCCAUCAUCACAAACCCAGACAAAAACCAUGACUCCAGAAGCAGCAAAAGCACCCUCUUAAACCACCACAUGCACCCACAACAAAGUUUUGGGAGGGUAAAUGAGUCAUUUGGGACAAUGGAGCUGGAUUUUUCAUCCUACAAUCACCAUCAGCAACACUCUGGAGGGACAGUUUCUUAUGCCAAUGAUCAUCAUCACAAUCCAAAUCAGGGUUUCAAUGGUGGAGGCGUGUCGUUGACAUUAGGGUUGCAACAGCAUGGUGGGAAUGGGGUGAGCUUAGCAUUCUCUCCUGCCUCACAGAGCUCUCUAUUUUACCCGAGAGAUCACAUUGAAGAAUGCCAACCAGUUCAAUACUCUCUCUUAGAUGGGGAAGGCCAGAACACUUUGCCCUACAGAAAUUUGAUGGGGGCACAGUUGCUACAUGACUUGGCUGGAUAGGCGAAACACUGCUCAAUUGGACAGUUUCAAGAGGUUCACUAUGGUUUAAUUUAAUUUAUGUCACAAAUAUGGUGAAUUGGAGAUUGGUAAUAGAUAAAGUAGUUUUAGGUAUAGAUGGAUAUAUAUAGCUAAAUACUUGAUACAUACAUAAAAGGCUAUACUGGGUUAGGCAACAAUUAUAUGAUGAUCUUCACUUUCAUGGCUGGGAUAGUUUUUUU